CAUUAUUUAUGUAUAUCGUAUACACAUAUACAUAUACAUAUAUAUAUAUAUGUACACAUCAUUUAAAGCGGCUUAUGAACAUGAUUGGCCAUUCGGUUUCCCGCUUCUAUACGGACGCUGUGCGUCUAGCUCGCUUGCACACGGCGAACGAGAUGUUCGACAAUCGACUCGCCGCGAGGAUGUUCGCUGGCCGUGCACACCAACAGUGCGGAACCGUAAAAUCAUUAUCGAUACGUAUCCAGAGAAUGGUAACCUGAGAACCCCCGCCGAAUCGCGCACUAUCGUCGAGAUAAAGUGAGGUUAUGUUUACGCGCGCCUCGCGAAACUGGCCCCGCACGGAGUAGAGAUGUCAGUCGGCCGCGGCGGAGGAACGCUUUGAAUUUUCGUUAUUAUUUUGCCGCGCCAUGGAGUCAGUGCGCGCAUUACACCAUGGCUUCAAGCUGGACGAGCUCGAUGACGACUGGGUCAAGUCGAUCUGGGACGGCGAGUUCGUCACCUACGACGAGCCGCCCGACGAGCACGCGGAACACCUGGAGAGCGACGAGGCGCGGCUGCAGCUGCGCGAAUCCCGGCGUGCGUUGGGCACGUGGAUCACCGAGAUGAACGGCCGUGAGUACCCGUCGGAAUACUCGUGGCAGGCCCUGAUGACGCUCAACGUCAACGUGCGCGGUCUGCUUGCCACGCUGGGUUACAUAAUGCGAACUGGUCAGCGCACCGAGACCGACGAUGCUUCCAGGCAGGCCUGUCUCGAGGCCACGAGUCUCUACUUCAUGCUGCUCGCGAUACCUGGCAGCAACGCUUUCGGGAUCUACCAUGCGAACCUGUACCAGCGAGCGAUCGAGACGCUGAGGCUGUCGGAGGGCCUGUUCGGCGCCGUCAAGAGGAGAAACAGCGAGAUGGACAUCGACGACGAUCUGUCCUCGGAUCACUACGGUCUGCCGCAUUCCGAGAGGUCAAGGUUCGUGAAGGGAUUGAACGAGGUCAUCUCCAGCCUGGUCGCGAUGCUAAAGUCGUUCCGGCUGAAAGAACACGCGGACACCCUGGACGUGACCGUGCGCACGCUGCUGGACAUGACGCGGCUAGAGGGCUGCGUCAAGCCUGACAACGGGACUACGUCGCUGUCGCAGAACGCGUACGCGGCUCUGCGAGAGCUGUGCAGCAACAGUCACGGCACGGUCAUCUUCACCAUAAUGCUGAUAACGCAAUACAUGCUACCGCGUUUGCUGUACCAUCACGCAAACUCGCAGCCCAAGUCCGCGAUCGUCGUGCACGAGGCGAGCAUAUGCUUCCUCAAGAGCUUGCUGAAGAGUCACGAGAAGGAGGCGGUGCCGGGGAUCGUAACGCUGAUACACCAACUGAUGAUCCAGUGUCCAGAGAGACUGGAAGGACGCCAGAAGCAAGCGGCCGUCCUGAUAAAGCUGCUGAACGUGUGUAAUAGAGGCGUCUUCACGAUAAUCUUCAAGGACUUGAUAGCGUUUUGCUACAACAGCAAGAUAUCCUGCAGACUGUUCGCGCAAGAGAUCGUGGGGAAACUUCUGACGGAGCCUUCCUUAUCGAAUCACUUGGACUUGGACGAGGACACGAGGAUGAAGAUUAGACGAACGCUGGUGGCCGUUGUGUCGUCCCGUUGCAUGGACCGCUCGCCGUUAGUGCGAGGGAAAGCCAUGGCGACGCUCGCUUCUUUCUCCGACUGCCACGACGACGCUGAUAAGAGCAUCCUGGAGAGCGUACUCGACGGCUCAGCUCCGAGCAAAGCGCUUCCUACGUUCGAUGAUCUGAAAAGGGCACUGUCAGAGGAUACCGAUCCCUUACCGGGAUCAGACACGUUCGUCACGAUGCUGCUCGACAGGGUGUACGACGAGCGAGCGUUGGUGCGGCGGAGCGCACUGAAGAUCCUGCGAAACCUGUCCGUCAUAUUUCCACCGUUCGCGAAUAAAACGACGCGCGUGAUAAGCGAUCGUUGCAGGGAUCCCACGUUGAUAGUGCGCCAGUUUGCGGUGCACGUUCUCUCCGAGAUCCUCGAACGAUUCCCCCAUGACUCGGAUCUCCUGGACGAGUGGAUGCGUGCGGUCGUGCCGCAGAUAUACGACAUUGAGGCUAAGGUGCAGGAGAAGGUACUGGAAUGCCUGCAGAGCCUGGUGAUCGGCAGGAUAACGAGUGCUUCCACGUACGUGCCGGACGCGGCGGGUGCCCUGCCGUGGAGGAUCUUGAACCGACUGAGCGAGAUGAGAAUGCGGAAACACCUGUCGAAGGCGUGCAGCCUGUGGGCGAGGAAUGGCGUCAUCAGCAAGUCCGUGAUAUCAAAUUUGCAGUCGCACAUUGGCACGGAUAACACCGUAGCCGCGUGGAUACUGCUGGCCGCUCUGACCGAGAACACGAAGAUUCCGGAUAUAGACAAGUACAUCGCGGAUUACAAGCAGGUCAUACAGAAGAACGAUUUCCACGCGAGUCUGGUGCUGCAGGUGCUGAGGAACACCUGGUCCGUCCUCGAUUCCGCCUAUCUCGAGGACCUUCAUCGACAUCUCUACCGGUGCGUUCGUCUCUUCGAGAUCAAUUUUAAUCUGGUCAGCAUCUGCCUGGACAUCGUGUACGGUGUGCUGCGACAUUUGCACGCAGCGGAUAGGAGUAACCAGGUGAUAGAGCUGAAGAUGGUGGAACUGAUGAGAGCGUCCGAGGCGCAGAUUCAAGACCUGUUCAGGGAGGAUGAGGAGGAUUGCGCGCAGGAUUCCACGCUGAAGAUGCGAGCUAUAUUCACGCUGGGCCACGCGUCGCUCUUCUGCACCAGCAGGGUCUCCUGGUCGACCCUGCGCGGUCUGGAGAGAUUGUUGGAGCACUGGGACUCACUGCCGGAGUCGGUCAGGGAGAUGAAGGACUUGCAGGCAGCCGUGGUGAUAGUACUCUGCCAGCAGGCGCUGAGGGAUCGCGAGGUCGCGAAGGAGGUCACACCGAUAUUCGGCAACUUGAUGCGCCAGGAGACGAGCUCGGACGAGCCGAGGAGUACCGCCGUCAAGAUCAACGCGGCGAAGGCGCUGGCUGAUAUUUGCGUGCGGUUCACUGCCCUGGUAGAGCCAUACUUGCCGGACAUGUGCAUCAGUAUGAAGGACUCAAAUCCGGCGGUGAGGGAGACGAUAGUAGUGAUAUUCAUCCAACUGCUGCUGGAGGAUUUCAUCAAGAUGAAAGGACCGUUUUUCUUUCACAUAUUGACGAUGCUUUCAGACGCGAACAGCGAUAUACGCGAAUUGACCAUCUUCCUGGUAGAGGAGCGACUUCUGGCGAAGAACAAAAAUCUCAUCUCCCAGCAGUUCUUGGAAAGUAUAUUUCACUACAACAAUUAUCAGUCUCAGGGUAGAUUCUGCGGGCACCGGAUGCACGAGCGCGAGAAGAAGCUCUUGACACUGCCGGGAAGAGCGAACGCGGCCAAGCGCAACGUCAUUUACGAGUUCAUGCUCGAGCACCUGGACGCAUCCGCGAAGCUCGAGCUGAUGGUGAAACUGACCAAGUACAUACUCCGCGAGAUAUGCGACAGUGAUUCCGUCGACGUUACGGUUGACGAAGGAGCGUGUGUUCUGCGGGACACGGUGUUCAUACUCGGUAACAGUCGGCUACAGGUGUCGUCGUUGUCGUGCGAGAAACACCGAGAUGACGUGCCAGAGCUCGACGAAACAAUUUCCCCGAGCGCACCGAGCAACAACGAGCGAGCAGCGAUGAACGCCCUCGUAGCGACGAUGAAGAAGCAUCAUUUGGACAAUUUGUUGCCUACGUUGAUCCCGCUCAAGAAGAAAUUGGCCGCUCUGAAAUCGUCCCUGGAGGACGACGUAGAGAGUCUGCUAUUCAAAAUUUAUUCGGAAUAUGAAAAGGAGCAUCUUCUUAGUUUGUUAAACGAAUACCCUGAAUUGGAAAAAGAAAUGGAUCAUUACCAACGGAGAUCGAAGGAUAAGAUUUUAGAGACUGAUGACGGCACACGUUCGCCAUCCACCGAUAAAGAUUCGUUACAAGAGUUGCGUAAGCGACCGACACCCCGAGUUCUACUCCACCGUCUCUCACCCUCGGCCUUAUCGGGCAAAAACGUUGGAUCCGUGCCGAAUGACAGAGCGAUAGAUUCGAGUAAUCACUUGCAAAUUACGGGACCUUACGAUACGUUCGUCAAGAGCCCCUCGGUACGUUUGGAAAGACUGUUGCUGACACCAACACCACCGCCAGAGCCUUCCGACAUCAAUACGCCCACGUCAACUAAGAGGAAUCUAGACGAAUCGUGUCUUAAUGAUUCUCGCCAUCGGAUAACGCGUACGAAAAGGCCAGCGAGCGAGGAAGUCUUCCCGGACGCGCGCAAAAGAUUGCAAGAGCAGCGCGAACCAACGGCGAUCCCAAUCGACGAUGGCACGAACGCUGUCGGGUAGAAUCGUUCGUAAACUCCGCGUGAACUACCUACCUCGUAACUUGCGUUGCACGUGAAAAGCCGUCUGCGAGAUCGUGCACGUGCGGACCUCCAAUUCCUUCUGCAUGUCUGCGAGCACGUAAAUUAGAAUUCACGUUCACACUUUCAUCCGUACGGGCACUUACCUUUGUUCGUGUGCGAGAGGAUAUUGCCGUGCAGCUCCUUCACGAUAGAAACGUUCUCGACCACAAGGUGGAUCAGCGCGCGGAUCUCCCCGACCUGCGUCAACACGUGGGCGUCUAUUAUACCGAGAUACGAGGCGCACGAUUCGACGAUUCGCGGCAGCGCUUAUGUAUACAUACUUCCUCGAGCAAUUCCUUGAGCUUCUUAUUCUGGGCAAUCUGGAGGUGCACAUCCCGCAGGAAUCCUCUGCCAAAGGUGCUGCUGUUACCACGGCUCUGAAGAAGUUACACGGUAAAGUUACGUGACAAUCCCACCGGCUGUCCGUUCGUCGAGUCCGUUCAAGUUACUCGUAUGCUCAACACUUAUUUGCGAGAAAGAAUGGCGAUAAACCUCGAGCUGAUUAGAGAACGGAGCCUUUCCUCUCCCGGCGUUAUUUGUACACGUGCGAGACAAUGCGAUUAACUGAUUAUCGGAUUCUUUCUCUCGCCUUGGCGCGUUUCGGACAGUUUCGAAGAGGAUAAAAGGGAAUACUAACGGCAAGUAAAUCAGACAUGCGAUCGCGAACCAUGAUGAUUAUUCUAUUGGAAUCGACAUGUAACUGAUAAUUCCGUAACCGAUGUACACGCGGUGUACGCCUCGUUAUCUCUCUUAUCAGUGCACUGCCGGAUAAAAUACAUUUUGCCGCUCACAUCGCGACCCGCAGUCGUACGUACAACGCCGUCGGGGAUGGAGCGCAGCGUUGCGAGCGUACACAUGCCUCCGACUGGUUGCGCGCGGCACGCGCGUAUUCAAAGCGAGAAGCGUAACGCGGCCAUACGUGGACCACGCUUUGCAUCUGAAAUGAAAUAGGAAAUGGCCACUUGGCAGCUGCGCGCCGCAGCAAGGCAAGGCCGAUAUUUAGCAAUUACAACUGCGCGUUUCUUCAUCUAAUUUAUUAAUUCAACCGGUGAGAUGAUACGUACGCUAAGUCGAUGCGAGAGCUUUGUUCCGUUUGCGCUCAUCGCUCGAGCAGUCGAUGACGACGCGCAGCUGGGGGAAAAAAAUUCAAAAUGCCAGGAGUGAUUAAUUUUUCUAUUCGCAAGGAUUUUUUGUUUUUCAUUUCCUGGCAAAUCGUCGAUUUCGUUUGAAAGAUAAAGUUUUAUAGAAAGACGACAAAUCUUUCGCAUCAACUUAGUAAGAUUUAUCAUUAAUUUAGAUUACUUAUAUUAUUAAUUUAGAUCAUUAAUUUAAAUUACUUAUAUAUUAUUAAUUUAUUAUUAUUAAUUUAGAUCACUGUAGGACCAAAAACUGCCAAUCACUUUUCCCUUAUCUCUAAGUUCAUUUAUGAGGCACAUUUUGAACACUACGCUAGAUUGUUUAUUACAUUAAAUUAUUUUUGUUAGUCGAAAUCAACGUAUUCCAUAUUUAUAAUGGAAUUGUUUUACUCAUGAGACAAAGGAUUAUUUUCGUAAUUCUUAAACUUGUCCAAGAAACGCGAAUAAUUUAUGACUCGCUGUGCUAAUUUUCAUUCUUCAUUACUGCGUGCAGUUAAUAAAAAAACUGCGUAUUUCGACACAUUCUUCGAACAUGGUAUUCAGCUUGAAGCAUAAUUUCAGUUCACCGUGUUCCGAAUACCAUGUGAACCGUUCUGUGAUAAUACGCGAAGCGGACCUGGCUAACGAUUUGUUGCGUAUGUAGAUAAGAGAAAAUUAUAAAGUACAUAAUAUAUAGUAUUAUUAUAAAAUAAAAAAGAGAAGAAUCAUAAAGAAGUACAAUUUGCAAUAUCAAUGCAGCUGUAAUUAUAAUACAUAAAUUUAUAUGCAAAUGUAAUAUAUUUCACGAAGAAACGAGGCAAUAUCGAAGUUGUUUUUUAAUGGGACGUAUAACAUACAGAUUUAUAUAUUAAUAGCAUUGUUCGCUCUCUUUGUAAAGUUCUUUAUUAACUUUUCGCACCUCUCUGUUAACAAUAACAAUAGAUUAUACUACCGAUAAAUCCGGUGCUGCGUGUUAGGAAGACGGCACGAGUACUUAUUACUUCGCUACGCGUGGUGCUAAAAUUAUCGUAAAAUAGUUGAAUAUCGUACCGAAGUAAAAAGUUUUCUAAGUAUCACCGUAAUCUGACUUCCGCGACGGAGGAGUUCAUAUACGUUUCGUUUUCGAUUACCGAGACUUAUUGCGUACGCGACACUGCGCGUUUCGCGGAACAUUCAUAUCGGCGCACCGAUAUUCCUAUUCCAGUAAAACGUAACUUAUUUCCGUUAAUUGUAACUUUCAACGUAAAUGUUAAUAAAAGCGUUGCAAAACCG